CCGGUAUUUGUCGUUGUAGUUGGUUUCGGGUCUUCCAGAAGCUCGUUUCGCACUACAAGAACCUAGGUAAAGUUUGUCGAAACGGGUUGCUUGGCUCGCGCCGAUUUUUCAGUCUCGUGGUUCUCGUCUUUUAGAAUCUCUGACUCAAGGUCGUCGUGGAGCUCUAAGCGGCGAACGUUUCGGAUGUUAGAACGUCACUAUCGAUAUUGUUUGCCGCCGAAAUUUCGUGCGACAGAAAUAGGAGGGAACAAGUGAAAGAUUCAACAACGAUCACUCGAGUUUUCCAUUUUUGUUGACUCUAUUCCGGAUUUUACGAGUGCAAUACUGUUUGUUUGUGGUACCAGGAUGGCGAGCGACAAGAAGCCCGGGAAGAAGCAGGAAAUAAAAUGGGGAGCCGUGUUGUGGUACAUUCAUCUCCACUUUCUUGGUCUAUACGCCCUCUGGCUGACGCUGACUUCCGCUAAAUGGAUGACCGUAUUCUUUACACUUUUUAUAACAAUGAUUGGCUCUCUGGGCGUGACCGCUGGCGCCCACAGAUUAUGGGCACACAGAUCUUUUGAGGCAUCGACAAUGCUCAGAACCUUCCUCAUUUUGGCUCACACUCUCGCUGGCGUGGGGUCGGUUUACGACUGGGUUCUCUACCACAGGCUCCAUCACAAGUUUCACGGAACUGACAAGGAUCCCUACAACCACAACAAAGGAUUUCUGUAUAGCCACUACGUGGGAAAUUUCCAAUCCCCAAAAGUUGAUUACGAAGAGGCGAAAAGAGAAGUGGAUAUGCGUGACAUGGACAACGAUUCAUUAGUCUGGGUGCAAUAUAAAUUCUACUGGCUAAUCUUUGGCGUAUUUGGAUUACUACUACCACUGAACGCGCCGCUGGAGUACUGGGACGAAUCCAUGGCCAAUGUCGUGUUAAUUACAGGAAUUCUACGGUUUGCCAUUACAGCGAACAUAUCGUGGCUGGUGAACAGCGCUCUGCUCAUAUGGGGUGACAGCGGAAACAAUAAAUCUAGUAUCAGCGUCUUCGCCAUUACUAAGUCUAACUGGCCAAACUACCAUUACAUGGUUCCAUGGGAUUGGAAGACCAGCGAAUUUGGCAAAUACGACGAAGGCUGCGGUACGUUCUUUAUAAAGAUGUGGGGCGAAAUGGGAUUUGCCAAAAAAAUGCGAACGACUUCUGCCGAGGACGUCGGAGAAUUUCUCCACCAAGUUGCAACAAAAAAGACCACCUUGGAGGAAGGACUCCGUCAUCUCGAAGAGAUGGCUGUGUACAACGCGACGAAAGAGCUAUUGGAGAUUAAAAAAUAAUAUCUUUAAACAGGCACGCUUUUCAUUUACUGUUUAAAGCACGACCAUCUUCUGCAACCUUGUUGAUUGGAUAACGAAAUUAUCUUUAAGUAACGUGAUCGUCGAUUAAAAACAAUGAAUCAUUUAGCGAAACAAAUUACAAAUUACUUUUAUAAAAAAAGCAAUAAAUAAACUUGAACAAUUGUAUUUGGCAUUAAGUUCAACAUUAACAAUUUAAUAUCACAAGCUGCGAAAGUUCAAUUAUUCAGUAUUGAAUUAAAAUGUCUUCAUACCUAUUAUACUUGAUACACAAGCAUUACGAGUAAUGUUUAAUAUUCACUGUAAAAAAUGGGGUGGAUUUUAAGAUACUAUUUUCAAAAUAAUUCAUCUAUACAGUAUAAAAAAAAUGUGCCCAUAAUUUGCUCGUUGAUAAAUAUCUGGCCGAAAUGAACAUACUAUGAAUGUAUAUGCAGCCUUUAAUUUCUAUCAGAAACAGCAAUUCUUAUUAUUAACUACUAUAGCCUUCCAUUAUUGAUGAAUCAGAAAGUACUGUAAAACGUGGAAAAUUGAUAAAUUGGCGUUACGUUAAAUGAGAAUUUACGAUUUUUGUGAGAAAGGAUAAUUUAAAUUAUUCUUUUUAUAUAUGCUUUACAUCUAUCAAUGACAGUUAGCUGUUCUUUAGAUGAGAUUUACUGAUUGAUUUUUUACUAGCAGAAAAUACACUAUUUCUGUAAAUA